UUCUUCACCUCUACCAUCGUCUUCUCUGCACAGCUCUCUUCUCUCUUUCCUUGUUGGUUUUGUGCCCUUUUCAUUCCUAUUCGAUUCUCCACCAUUUCUCUUAAUUUCGAGUUUCUUCCCCUAAAGAUCCAUCCAACUUUAUUAAAGAAGGAAGAACAAAAAAAAAAAAAAAAGAGAGAGAGAAGAAGAACAAUGGGUUUCUCAUCGAUCUCGAGCUUUAUAGAUCCACCCAAUUGGCCACAGCCACAGACGAAUUCCAGUCAACAUAAUCAGCAACAAGGAACUGGAAGUGUGAUUAAUGGUCAUGAAGCGCUCUCCCACCAGAUCUCUCCUCUCCCCACAAACCCUAACCCCACCCACCAUCAUGGUGGAGGUGCCUCGGCGAGGAUCGGCGGCGGUUCCACGGAGGAGCGAGCUAGGGUUUCUAAGCUCCCUCAGCCCGACGGCCCCUUGAACUGCCCUCGCUGCGACUCCACAAACACCAAGUUCUGUUACUACAACAACUACAACCUCUCUCAGCCUCGUCACUUCUGCAAGGCCUGUCGCCGUUACUGGACACGUGGCGGAGCCUUGAGGAACGUCCCCGUCGGCGGCGGAUGCCGGAGGAACAAGAAGGGCAAAACCGGAAACACAAAUAAGUCUUCCGCUUCGAGCAGUAAUAAUCAGAACAAGCAGACAGCCACUGCCCAGUUGCAGACAAAUAGUCAGUUUUCGUUUUUGUCCACUUUGCAGAAUCUUAGUCAGCUUGGGAAUAUCGGCCUGAACUUAGCCUCCAUUAACGGCAACAACCAAGCUCACUUCGGUUUACCAAACAACAGCAGCGGUAACAGUAGAAGUUUAAUGAAUGAACAUGGGUUUCUUCAUGUCGGAAUCGGAGCUAACAGUACUUCCGGCUUGAUGAACAGCAACAACAUUAACAAUAACCAGAAUAAUAUUCUGACAUCCAACCAAUUCGCGUUCUUCGAUCCGCCAACGUCGGGGUUAUACACUUUCCAGAGCGAGGGCAAUAUGGGAAUCAACGUCGUCGGAUUAUCUUCUUCAUCCGCUUCCAUGGCGGAUUCUAGGGUUUCUCAGAUGGCUCCGGUUAAGACGGAAGAGAGUCACUUGAUUAAUUUGUCCAGACCGGUUCCCGGUUUAACAUCACCGGAGAAUAAUCACUUCAAUCAGUACUGGACCGGUUCGGGUUUUUCGGGUUCUUCUUCUAGCGGCCGCCUCUCAUGAAUCUUGUUUUCUUGGAUCAUUUUUCUUUUGCAAUCGUGAUCAUGGUGAUGAGGAUGAAGGGUCGGGAUCUGACGCAUGCAGAGCGAGAUCUAGGAGAUGAACGUACUACGAGACAACUAUAUAAUGAUCCUUGGAGAUUUGUAAUUGUCGUCUAAUUAGUUUUUUUUUCAGUUUUAUUGGUUAUAAAUCGAUACAUAUGUAUCAAGGAUCGUAUGAAAUUGUUAGUGUGGUCUCUGUUUGCUUGAACUUGUGUAUCUGUCUGUGUCGCGUAAUUAUGUAUGUGUCUAUCUCAUUCUUCA